AUGGACAAGGAAAACCUCACCCAGAUCUCCGAGUUCCUCCUCUUGGGGCUCUCAGAGGACCCCCGGGAGCAGCAGUUACUCUUCAUCCUCUUCCUAAGCAUGUACCUGGUCACGGGGCUGGGGAACUUGCUCAUCAUCCUUGCCAUCAUCACCGACACCAGGCUCCACACCCCCAUGUACUUCUUCCUGGCCAACCUGGCCUUCGUGGACAUCUGCUUCACCAGCAACACCGUCCCCAAGACUCUAGUGAAUCACAUUACAGGACAUAGGAGUAUCCCAUAUGCCGGCUGCCUGACCCAGACCUUCUUCUUCAUACUUUUUGCUAGUCUUGACAGCAUCCUGCUGGUUGCCAUGGCCUAUGCCCGCUACGAGGCCAUCUGCCACCCUCUGCACUAUGCCACAUCCAUGACUCCACAGCUCUGCAGCCUCCUGGUGGGGAUGUCCUGGAUAGUAGCUUUGGGAAACGCUCUGACCCACACGGUUUCACUGACCCGUCUCUCCUUCUGCACCCACAGAGAGGUCCCAAAUUUCUUCUGUGACCUCAAUGCUUUGAUCAACCUGGCCUGCUCUGAUGCCUUCCUCAACUAUGCCCUGCUGAACACUGUGGGUGCCAUUCCUCUGUUUUUCCCCUUUGUGGGCAUCCUGGUCUCCUACAUGCUCAUCUUUGCAGCUGUGCUGAGGAUCCCAUCCCGAACAGGCAAGCAGAAGGCAUUUUCCACUUGUGGCUCCCACCUCUCCGUGGUGUCCCUCUUCUACGGGACCCUCAUUGGAGUGUAUUUCAGCCCUACAUCCUCACACACAGCCCUAAAGGACACAGUGGCUGCGGUGAUGUACACGGUGGUGACCCCCAUGAUGAACCCCUUCAUCUACAGUAUUCGGAAUAAGGAUAUGAAGGCAGCUCUGAGAGCCCUGUUUAGCAGGAGACUGGCUUUUACUCAGUGA